AUGGCUGGGAUUUUUUCCAUACUAAACAACUUGGUAUCUGUUGUUUACCCAAUAAUUGCGUCCUGCAGGGCUUUUGAAGACUACACACGUGUACUGAACUCCGUUGCAUCAUCAACAUACAAGAUUGGUGGCAUAUCAGUACCAUUUAAUGUUAUAUACUCCACCGCCACGGGAAAGCAACAAGUGAAUGCAGUCGAUGAAAAUACAUUGCAAAUACAUCUUAUUUCUAUACAGAAAUGGUUCAUUUACUGGAUAGUACUAGCAUGUGUUCGUUUAGUUGAAGGGUGUUUUGGUGUGCUCACUAGCAUCGUGCCAGGAUACAGUCUUUUAAGAUUGGGAUUUAGUUUAUGGUUGAUUUCACCAAUGGUUUCAUUCAACAACGAGGAUGCUGUUGCCAAUACCAAUUCAUCCUUUGAUCAAACUUUGGAAUGGAAAAACUUUACUCAAGGUGGGUGUGGAUUGGUAUUUUUUGCAUACUUUAAGCCUUGGUUGGAGAAAAAUAUCGAUGUAGUGAGAAAGUUGAGUGUUAAUCCAUUGACUGCUGUACAGUAUUUGCCAUUAAACGUAUUAGCCAAUUUGAAUAACGGGUUCAAACUAUUUGGAAAUGGCUCAAGGGAACAAAGAGGAGCUGGCGCAGAGGGUGAUAAUUCUGACACAAGUGGGUACGGAGGAAGUAUGGCUGAUUAUACUAAUGUUUUGGAUAGUUCAUUUGUCAUGGUGAUGAAUAUCAAGAACAGAUUUACCGGAAAUGGAGAAGCAACACCACUGGCAUCUGCAACAACAUCUGCAACAGCACCCGCAACAACAUCUGCAACGGCUACUGGUAGUGGUGUUGGAAGUAAAGAUGCAGGUUCUAUUUUGCAAAAAUCAUCAUCCAUCGAAGAGUUUGAUGUAAUCAGUGGAGUUGAUUCAGAGUUGGGGGAGAGGUCAGAUGCAGCCGCAGGAACAACUACUGCCGAGGCGAGUAUCGCUGACACCACAGCUACUCCAAGAAAGAGAGGCUACUUUUGGUAA